GAAGAGUUGGAAGACGCGAGAGACGUGCCAUUGGGCGAAGCAGGCUAUGGAACUACUAGCACCACAUCCGGGAUCGCAUUGCGCCGCGGCCGGGCGUCCAAAGUCGCUGAUCCCCUGGGACGUCCUGCAUCGCCCACAACCUCGCUGCCAGGGAAGGAUCGACGCUUGUUGACACGGGUCGCAAUCCCCAACACUGCGGCUGCGAAUGCGGCUGCCCCUCCGGCUUCGGCGUCGUCGCGCUCCUCAUCGCGCAGCAGCAAUCGACGUGAUAAGGUAGCAACACCUGCAGCGAGCACGAUGCCAAAGAGUGCGAGCCAUCAUGCCGACCUGGCCACUGCGCUUCUGAGAGCUUCGCAUGCGGAGAUCUACCCUAGCACCAACGGAGCUCCUGUGCCCCUCAGCACAAGCAGCGAAGCCCUCCUCGAGGCCAGCGGCACCCAUCUGCCCUCCUCCACGUCGUCAUCCUCUUCCUUCUCCCCAGGCACCACCGCCGAUCUGCUCACCAUCCUCGGCAAGUCUGGCCCGUGGGGUUUCACUUACACCGAUGUGCUACCCUUGAAUGUAGGGCUGCGCAUCUGGCAUGGGGACAAGGAUGAACGCAUCGGCUUAGCGGGGGCUUUCUGGUUGCAGAAGGAGUGGGAUGCUGCGCCUUACGGGGUGGAGUGCCAUGUCAAUGUAGUCAAAGGAGCGGGCCAUGGCUUGUUGACUAACGGGCCCGUGGUCGUUGAGGUGCUGGAGAGCAUCGCUGCUUGUUGUCGCGAGCGGGCGGCGAGAGAGUGAGAGGGGGGUAGUACGCUGAGCAAGGGUUGGUAGAACGGCAGAAGAAGGAGAGGGGCUCUUGUGGAUCGCUAAUUCGAUACCCUUUCAACGUGACCGUGGCUCGCACGAGGACAGGGUGCUUCUAUGAGAUGAUCGAUUCG